ACUGCACAAGCGCAGAGGCUCAGAUAAGGAAACUCGAGUGCGGAAGGCGUCAAUCGGGACGCUAACAUCGUCAGCUUGCUUGCUGGUUGUGUCGCACUCUGCGUUCAUUUGGUGUUGCUCGCGUCUUCAAGCCAGUACGCCAGUGUGCUUCCGUUUUGCUACAGGAAAGUGCCAUCCUGUGCUCUGCUUUAUUUCGAGAGUGGGCGUUCAUCGAGGACCGCGCAUAUAGCUACAACUGCGUCUUAACCGUGAAUUAUGAGUCCAUUUACAGUUCUGGGCGUAGGAUGUCUUUUACUCGUAGCCUUGGCAGCACCAUCAACGGGUCGUUACUCGCCGGACUGGGACUCCCUGGACACUAGACCAACCCCGGACUGGUACGACGAUGCCAAGAUCGGCAUUUUCCUGCACUGGGGCGUCUUCUCCGUGCCCAGCUUUGGCAGCGAGUGGUUCUGGUGGGAUUGGCAGGGGGCAAAGGUACCGGCGUUCCGCGAGUUCAUGGAGCGCAACUACCGGCCCGGUUUCACCUACCAGGACUUUGCUCCACAGUUCAAGGCCGAGUUUUUCGACCCGGACCACUGGGCGGCGAUUUUCAAGAAGGCGGGUGCCCGUUACGUAGUACUGACCAGCAAGCACCACGAAGGCUUCACUCUGUGGCCCUCCGCGGUGUCGUGGAACUGGAACGCGGGAGACGUUGGCCCCCGCCGCGACUUGGUGGGGGACCUGGCGCAGGCCGUGCGGAAGAAAGGAGGCAUCCACUUUGGCCUAUACCACUCACUCUACGAGUGGUUCAACCCGCUCUACCUGGCAGACAAGGCGGCUGGUUUCAAGACGAACAACUUCGUCGCCCGCAAGACGAUGCCGGAGCUCGUCGAAAUAGUCACCAAGUAUCGUCCUGAAAUCAUCUGGUCGGACGGUGACUGGGAGGCCCCGGACACGUACUGGAACAGCACGCUCUUCCUCGCCUGGCUGUACAACGACAGUCCCGUCAGGAACACUGUGCUAGUCAACGACCGGUGGGGUAAGGGAACGCCGUGCAAGCACGGCGACUUCUACAACUGCAAGGACCACUACGACCCGGGAACCCUGGUCGUUCACAAGUGGGAGAACGCUAUGACCGUGGACAAGGAGUCGUGGGGAUACCGCCGGAACGCCAGGCUGACCGACUACCACACCAUCGAGGAGCUGCUCGCCGAACUGGCCUCCACGGUCAGCUGCAACGGGAACUUCCUCCUCAACGUGGGACCGACUAGCGACGGCGUCAUCCUCCCGGCGUUCGAAGAACGACUCACGCAGAUGGGCACCUGGCUACAAGUGAACGGCGAGGCCAUCUACGGGUCUCGGCCUUGGAAAAGCCAGAACGACACCGUCACUCCGGGGGUGUGGUACACGUCCAAGAACGACACCGUCUACGCGAUCGUGCUCCAGUGGCCCAAAAACAACAAGUUACCCCUGGGGUCCCUGUCGCUCAGCAAGGGAGCUACGGUCUCCAUGCUUGGCCUAGACGGAUAUGACUUCACGCCAUACACUGCGACUACGCCAGAUAAUUGGAACAACGUGGGUCUGACUGUUAUAACCUUCCCGUCACUCACGCCAGAUGUCUUGCCGACGCCUUGGGCCUGGGUGCUCAAGAUCCGUGGCGCGUUGUAGUGGUGACAAUUUUUGCGAGUCAAAUAUUUGCGUACGUUUCUCUAGGUUUUCUUUUUGAUGCAGUGGUAAAAAGAAUUGCAUUAACAAUUCUCUAUGACGUGAGCUGUUGAUGCAGUGAACUUUCACAGUGACUGCGUUGUAGAUCGGUAUUCACGAGAUUUUCAGACGUGCUUAGCCCUGUCACCUCGUUAUUAAUUUCAAGUGACAUUUCAAGAUACCUCAGUCAGUCGACUCUUAGGACAGAGAAUUAGGUGAAUAAACGUAAUUAAUUUUAAAUGAGAAGACAGGAAGUAAAUUUAAAUUAUUAGUGUGUACUUAUUAGCACGUCAAAUGAAAACAACUUCUAACGUGCGAUUUGUGCCUAAUACAGCGUCAGACACUGUGCA